CGCAGGUUAUUACGUCAUACUCUGACAGUCAUGUCCAUAUUGUCAACUGAAGUCUGGCUGUGUUUAUAUUAUUUGCUCGGAUUGCCAAGAAAUUACACAGCAAUGUCGUGAAAAGACAAAGCACAAGAACAGUAAUGGAGGACUGCACGCCCUUGUUUACUUUCGGGAUAAUAGCUGACAUACAAUACGCAGACAAAGACGACGGAUUCAAUUUUUUAAGAACAAGGAGACGCUACUACAGGAACAGUCUUGAACUGCUGCGUUCAGCGAACCGUGUUUGGAAAGAGGAACCAGUCAAUCCCAGAUUUAUUCUUCAGCUAGGAGACGUUAUCGAUGGUUUUAAUAAGAAAAACGAGGCUUCGGAUCGAGCCCUAGAAACGGUCGUCAGUGAAUUUGACAACUGUUUAGUGAAGGUACAUCAUGUUUGGGGAAAUCAUGAGUUUUAUAACUUCAGCAGAAACAGUCUGUUUGCCUCUUCAAUUAAUAGCGAAACGAAACCCGCAUCCGGACGGAAUUUCAUUGAUGACGAAAUAUAUGCGUAUCACUUCAGCCCCGCCCCCAAGUUUCGAUUUGUAGUUCUCGAUGCAUAUGACUUAAGCAUCAUAGGAAGAGAUCCAACCCAUGAAAAGUACAACCAGGCAAUGAACAUCUUAAAGGAACAGAACACCAAUAAUGAUCUCAACCAUCCUCCAGCGUCUGGUUGGUUAGAGCAAAGGUUUGUGAAGUUUAAUGGAGCAUUCAGCCAAGAGCAGCUUCAGUGGUUGGAUAAAGUCUUAACUCUUGCUGACCAGAAACAAGAGAGAGUAACUAUCCUGAGUCAUCUUCCUGUUCACCCAGACUCUGCAGACCCAAUUUGCCUUGCUUGGAAUUAUGAUGCAAUGCUCUCUAUUCUUCACUCUCAUAGCAGUGUAAUUUGCUUUAUUGCGGGACAUGACCAUGAUGGAGGCUAUCACAAAGAUGCAUCUGGCAUUCACCACCUAACACUGGAAGGGGUGAUUGAAACCCAUCCAGAUAGCAAUGCCUUUGGGACUGUUUAUGUCUAUGAGGACCAGAUGGUUCUGAAGGGCAAUGGAAGGAUAUCAGACCGAGUUCUCGUGUAUCCAAGCCCUUCAUAAAAUAAAAUGUAUUGAAUUAUGGGAAUAAUAGUCCCAUAUCAUUAAAAUAUAAUAAAAAUAAUGCAAUUUUUGCCAAUGUGGUGUAAAAUGUUGCAUUAUAAACCUAGAAAGAUGCUCAAAAAAUGUACAGUUUAAAAGUAAAAACAAUUGUAUUUACUUCAAACCAAAUUAUAUUUAUAACAUUUAUAACAAUAAAAUGAGAACUAGUAAAAUUAUAAAUAUGUGAAUAAUUGAUCAGAUGUUUCAGCUUGUUUAUUAUAAGAAUAAAAUAAUUUACUUAAGAUUGUAGUAUUUUAUUAAGUACAAUAUACUGUUACAAAUUAUAGGGUCACUUAACUGAAAUGUUUCCUAUAAUCUUAAAAACAAUGUAAUCAGAAGGUGUGUGGUUAAUGUUUUAUAGAAAAAAUGUAAUGUGACAACAUAAUGUUUUAGUUAGAAAACAAUAUUUGAAUUAGCUGAAAUUGAGAAACAGCCAAAACAGAUGGGGUAAAAAAAGGGUAAAACUUCCGAGAGCUGUUUGGUAAAUCCCAAAAAAGCAGUACUACUCUCUAGGGAACCUCUAGGGAAAGGGUGGCUACUUUCAAGAUGCUAAAAUGUAACACUUUUGAUUUAUUUUAGUCAGAACAUAUUUCCCACUGUUACAUUUGUGUUAUUCCAUACACAAAAUCUUGGUUGCCUUAAUUUUUUAAUCUACUUAGAUUUACCAAUUAUUUUAAUUUACUAUUUUUAUCUUGACUAGUGAAAACUGCUAUAACUUAUAAAAUGAAGUUGAAUUAGCUUAUUUUAUAAGUUACAGCAACUCCAAUUUGAAAGUUAAAAUUAAAAUGCAGGAAACCUGGAUUUUAACUCUACAGUUUUUAUGGGUUUACUACUUUUUAAAAAACGUGAAAAAAUAAUAAAGAAUAAGUAUUUGACCUUGCACUUUAAAACAAAUUCUUCGGUGACCGUACGAUUAUGUUAAAUUAUCU